CUGCCUUCUGGUGGCUCACCUCACCUCAGUCCGGGCGGGCGGGCGGUCAGUCGACCGACACUCAGUCAGACUGUCAACCGCUGCAGAGGAGGAGCAGCACGCCGGCCAAGGCUGCGCCGCAGAUGGGGAAAGCUCCGCGGAAGUAGUCUUGGCCGUCGGUUCGUUUAGUGUUGACGGAUGUCGGCGAACUCUACCUCUGAGCGGCAUGGAGACUCAAGGCAGCCGCUGUAAGAUCGUGGUAGUGGGUGACGCGCAGUGUGGCAAGACGGCGCUGCUGCACGUUUUCGCCAAAGACUGCUACCCGGAGACGUACGUGCCCACUGUGUUCGAGAACUACACAGCCAGCUUCGAGAUUGACAAGCACCGUAUUGAGCUGAACAUGUGGGACACUUCAGGGUCUUCCUAUUACGACAACGUGAGGCCGCUAGCGUACCCCGACUCCGACGCCGUCCUCAUCUGCUUCGACAUAAGCCGCCCAGAGACUCUGGACAGCGUCAUUAAAAAGUGGCAGGGGGAAACGCAAGAGUUUUGUCCCAAUGCCAAAGUGGUCCUGGUGGGCUGCAAGCUGGACAUGAGGACGGACGUCAACACGUUGAGGGAACUGUCAAAGCAGCGCCUCAUCCCUGUCACGCACGAGCAGGGCAGCACCAUCGCCCGGCAGAUGGGAGCGGUGGCCUACGCCGAAUGCACGUCCAAAGUAUCUGAGAACAGCGUGCGGGACGUCUUCCACGUCACCACGCUGGCGUCCGUGCGACGGCCACCGCUCAAGCGCAGCGCCUCGCGCCGGGGGCUCAAGUGCGUGUCGCAGCUGCCCCCGCCCCUGAGUCGGACUGAGCCCGCGGACCGAGCUCCCGUCCUGAGGAAGGACCGGGCCAAGAGCUGUGUGCUCAUGUAGAAAAUGAUACGUGUACAGAAAUACAUACCAGAGGAAGCCUAUUUAUUGUUUUAGUUGCGCUGCAGGAGAUGGAAAAAUCAAGCUUCACUGUGGAAUUUGGCUUUUUUAGUGUGAUGUAUGUUUUUUUUUGUUGCCACCAAAAAAAAAAAGUCUUUCUGAAGAUUGGUCUGUAUUGGAGCAAUGGCGUACCGCAAGCAACACGUCACUUCCGCUCAUUAAUAUUCAUGACAUUAGCUACUGUUGCUAAGGGGGGAUACGCCACCGUUUUUCCCUAAUAGGAAAUGAAUGGAAAUCGCGUACGAAGGAGAUGUUUACAGAGUUAAACCUAUCAAUUCUCUCCGAAAAUGAUGUCCCUGGUGCCAAAUUCGCUGGCAAAGAUGCGGAAAAACAUAAAAAUGUUCAGUUAAAGAGAUGGCUUGAGUGUCGAAGGCUGAAAAAGACGAAAAAAACGAGCCGACCUAAGCAUAGCCUUAGCUUUUUUUAUCGAUGCGACUGACAAUGACAUUCUCCUGUUUUAACAAGCUAUCCUUUACCACCAGCCCUGUCUUUUUUAUAUAUUAUAUCCUCUGGUUGUCCUACGUCUCUGACCGUUCUUGGGGGUAAUUUAGUUAGCUUUGUGUAGCGAUCGCAAAUGCUACUCAGUGACAGCCAACGAACACUUUUAUUUUUUUCAUUGAUAACAAAUCUUAAUUCUAUAAUUUAUUUACACUUCCCCCUUACUAAAGUUGUUUUUUUUUUUUACAACAGAAAAGGUAACUGGCAGUCAAAUACCAUUUUAAUUCUUUUCAGGUCAUUCACUAUCAGAUGAAGAAGUACGGCACAACGUAACGCUAAAAAAUAAGUUCAAAAUAUCAAAAUGGCUUACCUCCUUGUCCUCUGAAGGAGCAUGCCAACCCAACAAAAUGUUUACUGCAUAUGAAAUGUGAAUGGCUUCACCCUGGCUUCACCUCGCUGGCGUUAAAAGGUCCGCGCAAGUUGAUUCAUUCUUCACAUUUUGUCCUCCUAGUUUUUGGUUUCGGGAAACGUAUGAAGAAAACAUCCUUAAUGUCUAGUGUCGUUUCCAUAAGUUCCAAAAAAGCAAUGCGUGAUCAGUUGGGUUGGGCAUCGGGAAUCGAGCAUCGAUGGGAACCGGUUCUAACACUCAGAUGCUCCCGGAAUGAUUCGAAUUUUUAAAUUUCAAUUCCUUGUUUCGAUGCUCUGACCGCCGAGCGGAAAAAAAUUGCUCAAGUUUAAAGACUGAUAUUUAUAUACAAGUUCUAAUUAACCCUGUGAGAGAAGUUCAUUUAAUUUAAAAAAAACGUCGAGAAGUUAAGACUUUUUUUUGGGCAAUUUUUUGGACCCUGCAUUUUUUUUUUUUUUGACCCUGCCUCUUAAAAGAAUCGGAAUCGGGAAUCGUUCGGAACCGGAAUCGUCCCAUUUCAAACGAUGCCCAACCCUACUUAUAUCGGUUAAUAUCGGCAAAUCUUGAAAAAAGUCCAUCUAAUGGCCCGAUAUAUCAGUCAACUUUUAUAAGAAAGGUCAUCACCCAAACAGUAAACAUAACCAUUAUUAAAUCGGUUGAUAUCGAGCGAUCUUGAAAAAAGUCAGUCUAUCGGCCCGAUAUAUCGGUCGACUUUCAUCAAAUUUUUUGGACCCUGCAUUUUUUUCCCCCCCUGCCUCUUCAAAGAAUCGGAAACGGGAAUCGUUCAGAACCGGAAUCGAAACGUGGAAUUGGAAAAUCUGAACCGGAAUCGUUCCAUUUCAAACGAUGCCCAACCCUAGUGAUCAGCAUGUUUGUUUUUGAAAGAUUACUGGAGAAAAGUAGCACAAUUAACAUUGCUUCGAUGUGAGGGCGGGUCUAUAAUGUCCCUCUUCUGCUUUACUUCCGCUUUACAAUGCGACGUCACGGUCUAAAAAUAGCAUGCGUGCGGUACGCCAUUGUUGGAUAACUGAUUCCUCCUUGAAACUUAUUGCAUCACUAAAAUGGAUACACUCCCAUGACUUAUGACGGCAAAGUGGGGACACACAUGCGCACUCAUUUAUUAUAACAAGUAGGAUAUACCAACUUUUUCGGACGAUAAGUUUUUUUUCUCCUCAUAGUUUUGGCCGGUGGUGCGAACUCGUAUGCGCGAAUCGUACAUGAAAUAUUAAAGUGACCAUCCAAACAAAAUGACAUGUCGGCUCAGUAGUGUGGCGCUCACGCAACAGGGAGAUUACAUUUGUAAAGGGCAAAUUUUAAGAAAGAACAUGCUUACAAUCACUUCUACAAACAACGACAAAUAAUGGCAUGUCAUUGACUCAAAUGUAAUGCACAGGCACAGUGUCAUAACUAAACGGCAGUGAUCACAUAACAACAAACUAUAAUGUAUAUCUAAUUAACUGGCAGCUAAUGAAACAAUUGGACCAGUAGCUUAAAGGGAUCCUCGAUUUUAAAGACAUGUAGGCUCUAAUAAACCACAUUGUACUCUUGUACUAAAAUAUGUUGUUAGAAACACAUAAAAUGUUAAAUUAAUGGCAAUAUUUUGUCAUAUUUAGUACAUAUUUUGACCAAUAGUUGAGGAUAGAAUGCAAACAAUGACAGAAUGGGGAAAAAUAAGCAAGCGAAACGUCAUAUUUAAUAUUUUGUGGCCCCGUCCCUUUGGCAGAAAUAACUUCAACCAGUGGCCUCCUGUAGCUGCAGAUCAGUCUGGCACGUCUAUCUUGGCCCAUUCUUCUCUACAAUACUGCUGUAGUUCAGUCAGAUUCCUGGGAUGUCUGGCAUGAAUCGCUGUCUUUAGGUCAUGCCACAGCAUCUCAAUGGGGUUCAAGUUUGGACUUUGACUUGGCCACUCCAGAACGUGUAUUUUGUUCUUCUGAAACCUUUCGAAAUUGAUUUAGUUCUGUGUUUUGGGUCGUUGUCUUGCUGCAGCAUCUAUCCUCUUUUUAGCUUCAACUGUCUGACAGACGGCCUCAGGCUGUCUUUCAAAACUUUUGAAUUCAUUCUUCCAUUAUUGAAUGCAAGUUGUCCAGGCCCUGAGGGAGCAAAACCGCCCCUAUUCAUGAUGCUCCCUCCACCGUGCUUCACGGUGGCAAUAAAAUGUUGAUGUUGGCGAGCUGUUCCAUUUUUCCCUCACACUUGACGUUGUGUGUACUCCCACACUGUUCAACUUUGGUUUCAUUAGUCCACAAAAUAUUUUGCCAAAACAUCUGUGGAGUGUCCAAGUGCCUUUUUGCGAACAUUACAUUAUGUUUUUUAGACAGCAGUGGCUUCCUCCGUGGAGUUCUCCUAUGAACAUCAUUCUUGGCCAUAUAGUUGAUGUGUGCACUGAGACUGGACUGUGCCAGUGAUUUCUGUAAGUCUUUAGCAGACACUCGAGGGUUCCUUUUUACCUCUGAGUAUUCUGAGCUGAACUUUUGUGGACGGCCACUCGUUGGGGGAGAAGCAAGUGCCAAACUCUCUCCAUUUGUAGACAACUUGUCUGACUGUCAAUUGAUGAACAUCCAGACUUUUAGAGAUGGUUUUGUGUCCUUUCCAAGCUUUGUACAAAUCACCAAUCCGCUUGCUUGCUAUCCUCAUUAAAAUAUGAAAACCUGUAAAUGGGUGGUUUUAGUUGAGGCAGACACUGUAUUUUCAUCUAUGUGAUUUUGACAAGGAUCAGAUCACAUUUGGUGAUUUUAUGCAAUGUGAGAAAUUGUGAAAGGUUCUGUUACUUUUUUUUUUUUAAGCGCAGAUCCGGCUUACAACCCUGCACCGUAGCCUGACGUGCAGCUCCCAAAAAUCCUGACUACGCGUCAUACGUUUCGUUACGUAAACAUCAAACGUCGUUUCGGGUUUGGCACGACGACACCUCCGUUUUCAAACUUUCGCAAAUGUCUUCUGCGUAGCCUAUGCUUCAACAUUUGUAUUCACAACAUAUGUUGUGUAAAACUGAUUAGCUGCAAAUACACACGUUCCAUCUCUGUUGCUAUUGCUGUCAAUGACAUGAGAAAAUAUAAAGAAUACGAGAUGAGUCCCCCACAACUGUACAAAGACAAAGCCACACCCCUCUAGUGGAUUGGCGCUGAAUUACAAAGCCACCCGUUCCCUUGACGCAGAACUUUGAAUGCUCAAUGACGACGUACGGUCGUCGCUCCGCCGUCUCUGCAACGCAGAAGUAAAAUUCAGCCCUCAUACCCCAGAGCGACUCAUCGUCCGAAAAACACAGUACAAAGAGACAAACAAUGCCUAAACGUGAUGUUGUCAUCCUCUAGCUCUGUUGUUAAGGAGAAUUGUUUUACCUUUCUCUAGAAAUCAUUUUCAAGUCUUGAACUACAGUAUAUUAAAGGUCCCAAUUUUUGGAGCAUUACAGAGGACCUUGAAAAAGCACACCACACACAAGCAUGGUUAAGUUGUUAAUGUGUGACAAGUUAAUCAUGUUCAAGCAAACUAAAGAAAAAAACAAAAAAAACAAAUGGAAGGAUUGGAGCCAUGAGGUGAGCGAGUUCUUCGUGAACAGUGCCACAAGUGCAUUCUAUUCUAUAAUGUUGUUUUUCAUGUUAUUUUGUGCUUCACUUGUUUGCUCACGUUGCAAAAUAAAGCACCAGCUUGACUGCAGCUGGCAGAUUCAA